AUGCCGCGCUCUUUCUGGUCAGGAAGCCCUCCGUGCCUCGCAGGGAAGCCCAACUACAGCGAGCUGCAAGAUUCGUGUCUGGAACUGGCCUUCCAGCAGCCCUACGACCAGGCCCACCUGCUAGCAGCCAUCCCGCCGCCCGAGGUGCUCAACCCCACGGCCUCCCUGCCCACGCUCAUCUGGGACUCUCUCCUGGCGCCCCAAGGCCAGCCCGUGGGCUGGGCCUCCCUCCGGCUGCAGGAGAGCCCCAGGGUGGGCGAGCUGACCUCCCUGUCGGACGAGGACAGCGGGAAGGGCUCCCAGCCGCCCAGCCCACCCUCGCCGGCCCCCUCCUCCUUCUCCUCCACCUCCCUCUCGUCCCUGGAGGCCGAGGCCUACGCGGCCUUCCCGGGCUUGGGCCAACUGCCCCAGCAGCUGGCGCAGCUCCCGGGGGCCAAGGACCCCCAGGCCCGCAAGGCCUUCCAUUGCAAGUACUGCAGCAAGGAGUACGUCAGCCUGGGCGCCCUGAAGAUGCACCUCCGCAGCCACACCCUGCCCUGCGUGUGCCCGACCUGCGGCAAGGCCUUCUCCCGGCCCUGGCUGCUGCAGGGCCACGUGCGCACGCACACCGGCGAGAAGCCCUUCUGCUGCUCACUCUGCAGCCGCGCCUUCGCCGACCGCUCCAACCUGCGCGCCCACCUGCAGACGCACUCGGAGGUCAAGAAGUACCAGUGCCAGGCCUGCGCACGGACCUUCUCCCGCAUGUCCCUGCUGCACAAGCACCAGGAGGCGGGCUGUGCGGGGGGCCCCCGCUGACCCCAGGGCCUCCCUCCGCCUCCUGCUCCCUGCCGCGGCCCCAGGAGCCCGCCUCCUCCCAGCUGCGGCCGCCCCACGGGGCUGCGGCGAAAACCGGUCUCUGGUUCCAUCCUCUGCAUUCUGGGUGCUCCAGUGGGCACCUCCGUGGCCGGCCGAUCCUGUGGCCGGCAGGCAGAUGGGAGACCCUUCCCGGACCAGGCCUUCCUCUGUGGGUUUGCGUAUCCAGAGGGGUUUGGAUAUAGCUGCUGAGAGCCGCAGGACAAAAGCGACAGACGGACAGGACCUCACGCCCCAGCCCCCCGCCACCCUCCACGAGGUGUGACUAACUAUGCAGUAAUCCGCCCCCAGCUGCAUCUCCGGGUCCUGCGGGGGCGGGCGCCGACGCGAAGACGUGUCUAGACCCCAAGGUGCCCCCGGGCCCGGGCAGCUGUGUCAGCCUCCUGUUUGUCACCGCGGCACCUGUUUCCCGGGCAGGGCAGCAGUGCCUCCCAGGGCCUGCGCGGCGGCCCUCGGCCUGACCCGUGUGUCUCCCUGGACUAUUUUGGGGGCCCAGCAGGUGGGCCUGGAGGAAGAUGUUUACAUUUUAAAGGUACACUGGUAUUUAUAUCGCAAGCAACAUUUUGUAUUAUGUUUUGUACAGUUUGUGUACAGUUUAUUGAUGUUCAAUAAAGCAGUUAAUUUAUAUAUAACAGCGCAUCUA